UUCCUCAGAAGUGAAAUCCUCAAGGUGAAGGAGGCAAUGGAGAGCAGGUGGCAUGAAACAGAGAAAGAGGAGGUGGAACUCAGAGCAAAUACUCAGCAUGAGCUGGACAGACUAGAGAAAUUAAGGGACGAGGUCCAAAGAUCCCAGAAAAUAUUGAAGAGAGCAGGAAUGAGCUCAUGCAAUGGAAGGAUAGUCUUGAAAAAAUGAGGGUUCAGGCAGAAGAAGACAAACGUGCAGCUGUCAAACAGAUUGAUGAGGCUAAAGCAAAGAAAGAAGAGCUGACAAAAAUGGUAGAAAAUAUGGAGAAAGAUCGAGGGGAGAUUAAUAACAGCAGAGAACAGGCUAAUCAAGAAGCAGAUGAAAUCAAAAGGAUGAGAAAUGAGCUACAAAGACAGCAGGCAGAAAUAGAGCACAGGAUUAGAGUGGCAAAACAAGAAAAAGAGGAGGCAAACCAUGCCAUACUUGCAGUCCAAGAGGCUCAGAUGCUCUUAAAAAAGCAAAUGGAAGAGUCUGAAAAAAGGCGGUAUGAAGCCAUAACAGAGGCAUUAGAGCAAAGGGAUGAAAUACACAAAAAAACAGAGGAGUUAGAACAAAUAAAUGAAGAAAUACAAAGAGCCAGGCAUGAGCUAGAAAAGUUGAGGCAUUCUGAAAAAGAAAGCAGAGAGCAGAAAAUGUUAGAGGACACACAGCAAGAGAGAGAGUUUGUUGAGCCAAUGAAAAUAGCUGUGCUUAAGGACAAGGAAGAUCAGGAAAAGUCUUUAGCUGAGAUAGAGAAGGAGAGAGAGGAGCUCAAACAGAUUAGAGUUCAGGUCCAGAACGAGAAGAAAGAUCUAGAAAAACGAAGGUAUGAGAUGAUGAGAUAUGACAUAGAACAGAGUGCUCAGGUGCAGAGACAAAGAGAAGAACUUGAGAAGAUCAAGACUCAGUUAGUUAUUGACACAGAGACCAUGAACAGAAGCAAAGAAUUAGUGCAACAAGACAGAGAGAAAGUCGAGUGUAUUAUGAUUGAGAUCCAGAAACAAAGAGAGGAAGUGAAUAAAAGGUUAGAGGAGACAAAACGACGGGAGGACGCUUUGAGGAAGAUGACAGAGGACAUGGAGCAUGAGAGAGAAGACCUGGAGAAGAUUCGUGUGGAAACGCUGAGAGGGAAAGACACUUAUGAAGAGGUCAAGGAUGAGAUUAACAGAGUGAGAGUGGAGAUAAAGAGGUUGUGGGAUGAGGCUGAAAAGGGAGAGCUGGAGGAACGAGAGAGAUUAAACAGGGAGAAGGAUGAGACGAUGAGGAAGAUAGAAGCUAUGAAGAAGGAGCUGGGUGAGAUUGAAGACACAAAGGUGGAGUUAAUUAAACAAAAUAAGGACAUUGGCAUAAAGAUGGAAAAAGGCAAGGUUGGAAAUCACUAAACUUGAAAAGAUGAAAGCAGACCUCCAAAAACAGA